AUGAGGACCCUCGCCCUCCUCACUACCCUUCUCCUGGUGGCCCUCCAGGCCCAGGCAGGGCCACUCCAGGCAAGAUGUGAUGAGGCUGCAGGCCAGGAGCAGCGUGGGGUCGACAACCAGGACGUAUCUAUUUCCUUUGCAUGGGACAAAAUCUCCGCUCUUCAGGUUUCAGGCUCAACGAGGGGCUUGGCUUGCACUUGCAGAUUAGUGUACUGCCAGCCAGCAGAACAUAGUGUUGGGAGCUGCAUCAUCGGCGGUAUGGGCUUCACAUACUGCUGCUCGCUUGAAGAUUAA